UCUUUGGUCUGUGCCUGUAAUGACAGUAGAGGGAGAGAGAGAGUGAGAGAGAGCAGCAACAAUGACAAUAACAUGCAAAGCGAUUGAUUCGUGAAUUCAAAGAAAUCCUUCUGAUUAAUUUUACGCCUUAACAAACCAACCCCACCAAGACUUCAAACUAACUCAACAAAUACCCUCUUCUUCCUCACCUCUUACUCUUCACCUUUCUCUCUUCUCUCUUUCUAUCUCUCUGGAGCUAGCUUAGAGAGCAAGAGGAGGAUAACCAAAUGAAGCUCUCGGCUCUGCAGCAGAGCUACAUGAAUCGCCGGAGCACCAGCUUCAGAGGAUCAGCACCGUUAGAUUCGUCUGCUGAAAGUGCGAUUAAAUCUCCGGCAGCUAUCUUUUGGCUCCUUCUUCACGGUGUUUGCUGCCUUAUUAGUCUUGUCCUUGGUUUCCGUUUCUCUCGUUUAGUUUUUUUGUUUCUUUUCUCCACCUCUACCUCUAAUCUCUACAGCACGCCCUUCCGUCAGCUCACCUCCACUGCUGACCUCGCCAAUUCUCUUAAUGUCCCUUCCAAUCCGGUUGUUAACCCCGAACUGCCUGCACUUAACAAAACCCUCAGCUCUAGAGUGAUCGUUGGCCGCCAUGGGAUCCGGAUCCGGCCUUGGCCCCAUCCUAACCCGACCGAAGUUAUGAGAGCUCACCAGAUAAUUGAGAGAGUUCAGAGAGAGCAGAGGAUUCAGUUUGGAGUGAAGAGCCCUAGGACUGUUAUUGCGGUUACUCCGACUUAUGUACGGACUUUCCAGAUGCUGCAUUUGACCGGUGUUAUGCACUCGCUGAUGCUAGUCCCAUAUGACGUCGUUUGGAUCGUGGUUGAGGCUGGUGGAGUCAGUAAUGAAACCGCUUCGAUUAUCGCCAAAUCGGGAGUUAAGACUAUUCAUGUCGAAUUCAACCAGAGAAUGCCGAAUUCUUGGGAGCGACGGCAUAAAUUGGAGGCUAAAAUGCGGCUUCGUGCUUUGAGAGUUGUGAGAGAGCAGAAGCUAGAUGGGAUAGUGAUGUUUGCUGAUGAUAGUAAUAUGCAUAGUAUGGACCUAUUUGACGAGAUCCAAAAUGUGAAGUGGUUUGGUGCUGUUUCCAUUGGGAUUCUUGCUCAUUCAGGUGGUGCCGAUGAGUCAUCAUUGGCUACAGUUGAGGAGGUUGAGAAGAGACCGUCAAUGCCCAUUCAAGGUCCUGCUUGUAAUGCAUCUAACAAGUUGGCUGGUUGGCACACCUUUAAUUCUCUACCCUACAAGGGGAAGAAUGCAAUCUACAUCGAUGAUAGGGCAACUGUGCUGCCUCAGAAGCUGGAAUGGGCUGGGUUUGUGGUGAAUUCAAGGUUGCUUUGGAAGGGAGCUGAAGAUAAACCUGACUGGAUAAAGGAUUUAGAUUCUGUUGGUGAGGAUAUAGAAAGUCCUCUAUCUCUGUUGAAGGACACUUCUAUAGUGGAGCCACUAGGAAGCUGUGGGAGACAAGUUUUGCUUUGGUGGCUCCGUGUUGAAGCUCGUAGUGAUAGCAAAUUUCCUCCAGGAUGGAUAAUCGACCCACCUUUGGAAAUUACGGUCCCAUCAAAACGAACGCCAUGGCCAGAUGUUCCUCCUGAACUACCUUCUACUGAAAAGGCAGUGAUAAACAUCCCAGAGCACACUGUUAAGCAAACAAAGACCCGAUCAUCCAGAUCAAAGCCCAGAGGUAAGAGAAAGCAUGAAGCAAAAGUGGUGGACACUCAGAUUUCUACAAGACAUUCUGGGCAAAACUGAAACUCUUAGGUGAGAACAUAUAUUCUGCUAAGCGAAUUUGAGACUGCAUGACUUCAAGCAUCAAGGAAUUUCAUUGAUAGAGCAAAAAACACAGCAUGAUCUUGACGCUUGGAAGCUACAUUUGAGAAGCCAGCUAUUACAGUUAGGGCAUUUGAUUUGUUAAUCUUGAGUUCAAAUUCCACCUAUCACAUCAAUAUUUUUUUUUAUUUUUCUGUUUUUCCUUUUACAUGUUGAGGUUGAUUGAUAUUCUGGUUUCAUGGAAGGGCUGUGUCACGUCUGCUGCCAGGAGAAAAUGCAAUGAUCUUGUACGUGAAAUGUUCCAAAUUUUAUACAUAAAUCUUUUUAAAUAGGAAUAUAUAUAGAGUUGUGUUCAGUUGUUGGAUUCGAUAGAAAUGAAACCCACUGUAAUAAAUUUAUCAUUCAUUGCAAAACUAUGUUGCUG